ACCACCUCUCUCGCAGCCGGCUUGAAGAUAAUUAAUAACCUUGAGAAGUCAAACCCUUUUUGUGCGCGGCUGGCUCCCCCACCAGCGGUCCCACAACAGCCCAGCUGAGGACAGGACAGCUGGGGCUGAUGUCAGCCCCAAAACGCUCGCUGACUCACUACAGUCGGUGAAGGACGGGCCAUAAGAGGGUUGAUGGAACAGGCACAAGUCUUGAGGUAUGAUCCGCUGUUUCCAUUCGACGACAACGAAGAACCGACACAAUCCAAGUUAAAAAAGUUAGGACAAAACAAGCACUGACUUCCACCAUGCCUCAGGGCGAAGAGGACGAUGAGCCACGCCCCCGCGGCCCUAAAGCCGUGGACAUGUUCACCGCCGUCUGCUUCCUGGGCUACCUGUCAAGCCUCAACCUCACCGUGGCGGUGUGUGUGGGCAUGUACACGCGCUGGGAGAUGACGGACGAACCGGUGAUCCUCAUCAUCUUCUGCCUGGGUCUCUUUGUGCUGGGCAUCACCAGCAUCCUCCACUAUUACUUUGGGGUGGAGAAGGCCAGCCUCAGCUUCUUCCACCUGUGGUUCGCCUUCCUCCUCGGGCUCCUGUGCUUCGUCGACGGGCCCAAGCUUGACAAAGACGUCAAGGAGAAGGUGACCGACUGGCUGCUCAUGGCUAGCCUGUCCUCCAACGUCGUCUGGGCUGUGGUGGAGCGUGUUCUCGGCGCGGCACGCCUCAAGCCCACGCUCCUCACCUCCAUCGAGCUCCUGGAGCUGCUGGGCUUCGGGAUCGCCAGCACUGCCAUGCCCGCCGACAAGUCCGUGGCCAUCAUCGGCGUGGUGGCGGCUCUGGGCGUCGUCAUGGUGGCCCUGAGGGUGAAAGCCCUCUUGGCGCUGCCCGGCUUAGCGCUGUUCCUCGCGGUCACCGUCGUGGUGUUCUUCCACGCCCUGGGCAUCAACGCCAACCCCUUCGCCCUGGGCUGCUUUCUGGGUCGGCUGCUGUGCGAGCCCCUGCUGGACCUCUACUUCUCCGGGGUGGGGCCGUGUGAGCGCUGGCUCCCCUUGCUCUCCCCGGGGAGGGUCUGGAGGACGCUGUCCCUGCUGCCUCUCAUCGUGGUCGAGGUGGCCUUCUUUGUGCUGGCGGCCUUGAAGAUGGGGCUCUUGGAGCUGUGGUACCUGGUGAUCCCAGGCUUCUGCGUGUUCGGCCUGUUCUGGCUGGCCUGCCACGUGGUGCUGCUCAUCACGCUCUGGGGCUUCCACUCCAAGCUCAGCCAGUGCCAGAAGGCGCUGAGGGCCCUGCGCUCCGACACCCGGGGCCUGGAGAGCGUCAUGGCGUCCAGGGGCAUCCGGCACUUCUGCCUCAUCUCGGAGCGACUGGUGCUGUUCUGCGUGGUGUCCACGGUCCUCCUGGGCGCGGUGUCCUGGCAGGACAACAAGGGCCUCUUCCUGAGUGCCCUGCUGGUGGUGGUGCACCUGGAGGCCCUGGCCCACGGCCUCUUCCACGACCUGGGCAGCUGCCUGGGGGGCACUUGUGUCGGCUACGCCCUGGUCAUACCUACGGCCUUAUGCAGCGCCGACGGGCAGCCCAGCCUGCUGUCCCCCGAGCGGGCCCAGGAGUCGAACCUGCGCUCCACGGGGAUCCUGAACAGCGUGCAGCGGCUCUUCUCCCACCACAUGGUGGAGACGUUCGGCUGCGACUACUCCACCGGCGGCGUCACCCUGGAGUCGGUGCAGACCAAGCUCCGGGGCUUCCUGGACCUGCGCACGGCCGACGGGCCACGCCACGACACCUACCUGGUGUUCUACAGCGGACACACCCAGAAGGGGACCGGCGCCUGGCUGCUCGCCGGGGGUGAGUGCCUCCAGCUGGCCCAUCUGCUGGAGCUGUGGCGGGAGAAGAUCGGCGGCCACAGCUCUCGGCUCAUCCUCAUCCUGGACACGGAGCACUCCGCCCCCUGGGUGAAGGAGGUGCGGCGGCUCGAGGACGUCUACGUGGCCGUGCAGGGCGCCACACUCACCCCGUCCCGCUCGACCGACGAGGAGGGCGGCGGCGGCGGACCGCGCCUCGGCGACUUCACCGCCGAGUGGGUGGAGUUCAACUGCAACCCCGACAGCGCCACCCAGUGGUCGCAGAAGGGGCGGGCGGUGGCGGCGGCCUACGGCGUGGCGCGGCGCUGGGGCGACUACGCGCUGCACCUGCCCACCGGCAGCGACGUGGCCAAGCACUGGACCACGCACUUCCCCAAGGCCACGUAUCCCAUGGUGCACCUGUCCAACUGGUGCUGCGGCCUCAACCUGUUCUGGCUCUGCGGCGUCUGCCUGCGCUGCUUCCGCCGCGUGAAGCUGGGCUGGUUCCCGCCCGCCGUGUUGGACACCGGGCAGGGGAUCAAACUCGUGCACUCGUAGAUGUUCGCCGGUGUGUUUGUGCAGUAUGGGGACGAUUUGUACGCUCGUGUCCCCCCCCCCCCCCCCCCCCCCUCCUCCCUCCUCCCUCCUCCUCGCACCAUGUUGGGGUUUUAAACCAGAGGGACUAGAGAAAGUCGUGCAUAGCCAGUAUGCUGAGACACGGUUAACGUCGUUACUGACAUUUUAAAGGACUAAUAGCCUUCCAACUCUCCUCAUGAGAGUCUCUUCAUUCGCCUCAUCAGAAAUCACCUGCGAGUUCAACUUUGGCACAAUUCCUUUCCUUUGAUUUCGUAGUGUAGAGUCAGGCUACUUGAAUCGCGGCAGCACAAGUCGGUGACACAUUACGUCUAAUAUUGUUAUUAGUGCCGCAGCUUCUGAUGGCUUGUCGCGGGCGGCUACGCACUUUCACACAAAUAGGACUCAAAUUGUUCUGUUUUUGAUGUUCUGAGAGAUUUUGUUUUACCUUGGGGAGAUCCUACUGAUUGUCAUCCUUUGGCACAAGAGUGCCUCGCAAAAAAUCGAGAGGGAAAAAAAGUGUGCAAAAUGUGCCUUCUUAUUUAAACUGUAUUUAAUUAACGGGAUAUAAUGCGUUUAUGGGUACUGAAAAAAUGUAAGUGCCUCCCCUUUUUGCUUGCAACGCGGUAUUGUGUUACGACAAAAUGGCUUUCCGAUUUUUCAAAUGAAGUAAUGUUUUUUUUAAAUAACUGUUCAUUCUCUAGAGUGCCUUGGCAACGGGGCGAUCGGGGCCGAGGUGAACGUCGCUCUGUGGUCGGAACCGUGCCCGACGUGGCUCACUUAUUGACAUGACCAUUUAUGGGCGCUCAGCUGACGGGAUCGAUUCGAGCCGGCAGGCCGGGAGAGGUAGGAGGGAUGAGACAGGGGGGUAGUUGAGGUGACGGACGGAAGGGAUUAGAAGGGCUUUCUUGAGCACCCUCAAAUGGGAUUAGCGGGGUGGCUAUGGGGUUUGAUUUACUGAUGUGCUGUCGUCGUAAGAACCACGGCGCGCACAAGUCACUAACCCACCCGCCCCGCCCGCCACCACCAGUACCGCGACUGGAGUGACGGUCCUUUGCAAUAUUUAUAGGUUUAUAUAUUUUUUAUAUGCAGUGCUCUGACGCCAUGAUUGAACAAAGUCCUUGGAUGGCAGAGCAGCAGGAUACAGCGCGUUAGGAAGGGGUCGCUUAGGCUCGACUUCCCUUUGCUUUUGUACCUACGUCGGACAGACUCUAAACUAGUGGGAAGUGUGGCUUCAGAAUGGGUGGGAGAACGUAUGUAUAGUAGGCCUAUACAUAUUUUCCUUUUGUUAUAGAAGAGAUUAUCCAGUGCCUUUCGUGGACUAUUAACAAUUUAAGGGGGGGGGGGGGGGGGGGGGGUUGUACUUGUACCUGUUGGUACCAUGUUUUGAGACAAUGUUUGCAUAUGCCUGUUUCUGACUUUGACUUUCCCUGUAUCGCCUUCUACAAAAUAUUGCAUUUUAAUAUUGAAAUAAAUGUUUUACACGCCGUCAA